AUGUUCACAGAGAUGACCUUGAUACUCGAAACAGGACGCCUCAUAUUCUUGUGGAAGCAUCAACAGGAGAUUUUUCGGGCAAUGUUUCUCGUGGCCAAGUCUGGCCUAGACAUUUAUGCAUACAAUGGUGAGACUGUGGAGGAGUUGACUCCCUUUGUGUGCGACUGCCGUGCAACUUUCCGGCAGAGUUUGAAGGACUUCACAAGAUUAAUGUCGAACCUCGAUGUUGUGACCUUUGGGCAAUAUAUGAGGCCUACGAAGCGAAACAUGAAGGUUGAGCGAUAUGUGGAAUCUUCCGAGUUUGACUGA